CCAAUGGGACGGCGCGUUGGUGCGGCGCGUCGCCAGGGCCAGGGCUGCGCCGGAGUGGAGCCGGAGCCGGAGUGAGUGGAGAACAUGUCAACAUCAGAUACAUCAAAUGGUCCAGGACAACCAGCAUCUUUUGGAAAUGCCCCUCCCAUGAUUCCACCACCAUUUAUGGGACCGCCAGGUAUGCCACCACCUUUUCCACCCAUGGGCAUGCCACCUAUUGUCCAGAGACCACCGAAUAUGCCACCGUUGCCACCGGGUAUGAUGCCACCAAUGAUUCCUCCAAUGGGUGGACCACCAAUGGGACAGAUGCCAGCAAUGAUGCCCCCUCUGAUGGCAGGAAUGAUGAUGUCUCGUAUGCCAGCUGCCCCCAUACAAGCAAGUGCACCUCCGAAACAGUACAUCUUCAGGCCAGGAGUAAGCACCACUGUGGCAGAAGUACCAACAGCUCCAACCACUAUUGUUCAGGCUGCAAAUCCCACGGUUUCUAGUGGUCAACAGAUUACAGCUGCAAAUGAAUCAUCAGGCGAAGAGCUGCCCAAGAAGAAGUCCGUUUGGACCGAACACAAAUCUCCAGAUGGACGGACCUAUUUCUAUAACUCUGAAACAAAGCAAUCCACAUGGGAGAAGCCAGAUGAGUUGAAGUCACAUGCAGAGCAAUUGCUGUCACAAUGUCCAUGGAAAGAAUACAAGUCUGACACAGGGAAGCCCUAUUAUUAUAAUUCUCAAACAAAAGAAUCACGAUGGACUAAACCUAAAGAGUUGGAAGAACUGGAAGAUAUGAUCAAGGCUGAAGAAGAAAAUGGAGUGAAGGAUGCUACAGUAUCCACUGCAACUGCCUCUGUUCAAGAAGCAACAACGACUACCCCAGUGGAAGUUAUCGAGAAUGAAGUCACGACUACUGAUGAAAACGAAAAGCAGCAAACAGUAGCUGUGGAACAGCCUGAGGCCGAGCCUGUAGAAGUUACAUCCCAGCCAGUCGAAGAAAUAUCGAAGCAGGAAGUUCAAGAGAAUGAUGUUCCUAAAAAAGAGGAGGAGGUGAAGAAAGAGCCAGUCAGGAAAACGUAUACCUGGAACACAAAGGAGGAAGCAAAACAAGCAUUCAAAGAACUGUUGAAAGAAAAGGGUGUUCUGUCAAAUGCAUCAUGGGAGCAAGCAAUGAAAAUGAUUAUAAAUGACCCUAGGUAUAGUGCUUUACCAAAGCUCAGUGAGAAGAAGCAAGCAUUUAAUGCCUACAAAAUACAGACGGAGAAAGAAGAGAAGGAAGAAGCCAGACUCCGCUACAAGGAGGCAAAAGAAAACUUCCAGCGAUUCCUUGAAAACCAUGAAAAAAUGACAUCCACAACCAGAUAUAGAAAAGCUGAACAAAUGUUUGGAGAAACUGAAGUAUGGACUGCGGUUCCAGAGCGUGACCGGCAGGAAAUCUAUGAAGAUGUUUUGUUUUUCCUGGCUAAAAAAGAAAAGGAACAAGCAAGGCAGCUUCGGAAAAGAAAUACUCAGGCACUAAAGAACAUACUUGACAACAUGGCAAAUGUCACUUACAGCACUACAUGGUCAGAAGCACAACAGUACCUGAUGGAUAAUCCAAAUUUUGCAGAAGAUGAAGAGCUACAAAAUAUGGAUAAGGAAGAUGCACUUGUUUGUUUUGAAGAGCAUAUCAGAGCAUUAGAGAAAGAGGAAGAGGAGGAGAAGCAACGAGGAUUGCUUAGAGAGAGGAGAAGGCAGCGUAAAAAUAGAGAAGCAUUUCAGAUAUUCUUAGAUGAAUUGCAUGAAAGUGGACAUUUGCAUUCAAUGUCAACUUGGAUGGAAUUGUAUCCUGCGAUCAGUGCUGAUAUUAGAUUUUCCAAAAUGUUAGGACAACCUGAAAUGUCAUUUUUAGGAUCUACCCCACUUGAUCUCUUCAAAUUUUAUGUAGAAGAUCUAAAGGCACGCUUCCAUGAUGAGAAGAAGAUAAUAAAAGAUAUUUUAAAGGAUAAAGGAUUUGUUGUAGAAGUAAAUACAACUUUUGAAGAAUUUGGUACAGUCAUUAGUUCAGACAAACGAGCUGCCACACUUGAUGCUGGUAAUAUUAAACUCACCUUUAACAGUUUAUUAGAAAAAGCGGAAGCUAGAGAACGUGAAAGAGAGAAAGAAGAAGCCAGGAAAUUAAAGCGUAAAGAAACUGCUUUCAAGAGUAUGUUAAAACAAGCAACACCUCCUCUUGAACCAGAAUCAAAUUGGGAUGAGGUCCGAGAGAGAUUUGUAAAUGAGUCUUCUUUCGAAGACAUUACGGUAGAAUCUGAACGAAAACGACUUUUCAAGGAAUUUUUACAGGUUCUUGAGCACGAAUGCCAGCAUCAUCAUUCAAAGAGCAAAAAACAUUCCAAGAAAUCUAAAAAACAUCACAGGAAGCAUUCUCGCUCUCGCUCCGGCUCUGAAUCAGAAGAUGAAGAUUAUCACCAUUCAAAGAAAAAAAAGCGGUCACAUUCAAAGUCUCCUUCUGACCGAUCGUCUAGUGAAGAAUCAGAGCGGAGUUAUAAAAAGUCUAAAAAGCACAAGAAAAAGGGCAAGAAGAGAAGGCGCAAGUCUGUGACUCCUGAAUCUGAAGGGGAGCGAGAACGAGAGCGCGAUCGGGAUCGUGACCGGGAAAGGGAAAGAGAUCGGGAUAGAAGAGACAAAGAAAGGAAUAGGGAUGAUGAGAAAGAACGAAACAGACAUAGAUCGCAAUCAAAACAUAAAUCACCCAGAAAACCUACUAACAAAGAUACGGUGGGAAUGCAAAGGGAAGAUGUUUGUCGCCUCGAUGGGAAAAAUGCAAACUGGGAAACCUCUGACAGUGAGCUAAGUGAAGGGGAGCUGGAGAAACGAAGGCGGACUCUCCUGCAACAACUCGACGAUGACCAAUAAUUGAACACGUCCAUGUUUGAAUCAUUCAAGUCAAAGGUUGGGUGAGGGCAGUCUCUUAAAACUCAAGAGGAUUAAAUGUAAUUCCCAAAGCUUUGACACUUGUUGUAAUUUUUACAGGGGAUAUGAUGAUUUGUGAAACCAAUAUAGAUCCCUCAAACUCUCUUUAAAUAUGUGAGCAACAGUGUUUCCUUAUUAUGUAGAUAAAUCCUUCUGAUUCCAAGAUCUGCCAGCUUACGUUUGGGUAAAUAUCAUGCUACAGUACUCGAUACUCAUCAUGGGUCUUUAAAGCUAACCCAUGGUUUCUUGAAGGAGCACUUGUAUCUUAAUUAACGCGUAGAAGCUGAGAAGUCACUUCUGGCGUGUUUCUCUAUCCAACAGCCUAAGCUUCAGAUGCCAGGAACCGUGAGCAGUUCAUGUCUGCUUUUGGAAAGUUGAAGAUAAGACGAUGCCCAGAGUUUGCCCUGAAAUUGUUCUGCUUGCUUCACUUUCAAACACUGGGAAGUAGCCAAUAAAAAUGGAAUUUUGUGGUUUUGUUUAAAUUUUCUUUUGCCGUCGUACAUUAUGAUAGUAACAAGAAUCUUAGGUAAUCAAUAAGGACAUAGUUGAACUGGUCGUGGCUUGGAAGACAGCAUGACUUUCCCAAUGUUCGACAUGUGAGCUACCUGCUAUUUCUGACACAAGUAGUUUUUUUGCAACAAAGCUAGCUGUGUUGAGACCUGGGAUGUUUGAGAUGCCCUUUAAAAUGUCUGGCCAAGAUACAUAACUGAAUAUAUUAAACUGUAAAGAACAUUAGAUAGAUGUGCCAUUAAACCGUAGCAAGAUUUUCAUUUUGCUAUAAGUAAUCCAAAACUGGAUUUAUUCUGGAAUUCUUGGCAGCUUCAAUUCCUCUUUUAGUGUAGUUAAUUUUGUAUUUCAAGGACAUUUUUAAAGCAUGAUGCAGGAAAAACGUUUGUACGUGUAGCAGAGUUCAUUUCCCGAAACAGUCAGGCAAAUUUUAUUGAAGUUGUUCUAAAAUUUAAUUUUCCAAGGCAUGAAAUGCAGCAGAGGGUUUAUUUUCCAUCUCUGUAUAUACUUGUGUCUGAAAUACUUAAGUGUUGCUCAGAAAGGGAGCAGACUAUUUUUGUAUGUUUAUCACAGAGACAUUAAAAUUUGUUUUCUGCUGAAAAA